AUGUCCGCUGUUACCGCCAAAAUGCCCAUUGUCGGCAAACCAGCCGUUCCAGAGAAGAAACCCGUCAAGUUCUCCAACUUGCUUUUGGGGGCCAGUUUGAACUUGUUCGAGGUAACCACUUUGGGUCAACCGUUGGAGGUUACAAAGACUACUAUGGCUGCUAAUAGAGGGGAUACUUUUGCGGGUGCUCUGGGUAGAAUUUGGGGGAGAGGUGGUGUUCUUGGAUUCUACCAAGGACUUAUUCCAUGGGCAUGGAUCGAAGCCUCCACCAAAGGUGCCGUUCUUCUCUUCGUCGCCUCCGAAGCCGAGUGGUACGCUCGUUCUUUCGGUGCGGGUGAUUUCACCGCCGGUAUUAGUGGAGGUGUAAUUGGUGGUGUUGCUCAAGCAUAUGCUACCAUGGGAUUCUGCACCUGCAUGAAGACCGUCGAAAUCACCAAGACAAACAUGGCAAAAGCUGGUGUCAAGCCUGACGGUACCAUGACCACUUUCAUGAACAUUUACCGCAAAGAAGGUAUCAAGGGAAUCAACAAGGGAGUCAACGCCGUUGCUAUUCGUCAAAUGACCAACUGGGGAAGUAGAUUCGGAUUGAGUCGAUUGGCAGAAAGCGGUAUUCGAAAAGUAACCGGCAAGGGUGAGAAUGGAAAGUUGAAUGCUUGGGAGAAGAUUUUGGCAAGUGGAUUGGGUGGUGGAUUGAGUGCUUGGAAUCAACCUAUCGAAGUUAUUCGUGUCGAGAUGCAGAGUAAGACGGUGGAUCCCAACCGACCUGCUAAGAUGACGGUUGGCAAUACCCUCAAGUAUAUUUAUAGUCAGAACGGAGUUUCGGGCUUGUAUCGUGGCGUUGUUCCUAGAAUUGGGUUGGGCGUUUGGCAAACUAUCUGUAUGGUUGCUAUGGGUGAUAUGGCAAAAGCUUAUGUCGAGAAAUUGACGGGUGAAAAGGUCACCGCUAAGCAUUAA